UUUAACAUUUACUGUUCUGAUGAAUGGAAGCUGUCAUUGGUGGGAACACUCAACAAUAUUGGACAGUUUGUUGGAAUUCCAAUUGGAGGAUAUAUUUCAGACCGUUAUGGUCGUCGCACUGCUUUGGCCUUUGGCGGAUUUGUAGCAGCAAUUUUGGGAAUUAUUCGUUCUUUUGCCACAUCGUACACAUUUUUUGUGAUAUUCGAAUUUCUGGACAGUUUAGCAUCCAGUCCAUUGUAUUCCGUUUGCUUUAUAGUGGGCAUUGAAUUGGUUGGCCCAAAACGACGCGUCCUAGCAUGUAGUUUAGUUACAAUAUUCUAUGCCAUCGGUGAAAUGCUUUUGGCUAUAUUUGCAAAAUAUUACCAAGACUGGAGGAUACUUCUGCGCAUUAUGUAUAUACCAGCGCUGGUAUUAUUUGUAUACUUCUGGAUAUUGCCGGAAAGCGUUCGCUGGCUAUUGAGUCAGAGGAGAGAGGAGGAAGCCAAAGAUAUAUUGAAACGUGCUGCCAGAGUUAACAAGCGUAAACUAUCCGAUCACUCAUUGGACAAACUGAUUUUGGCAAAUCGUGAAAAACUGGCCAAUUCGACCGAGGGGAAAUUUCCCAUAAAACUGGCUUUUACAACUUUGUUCUGGCGCAUUGCCAAUUGUUCGUUCUGUUGGAUAAUCAAUGUGCUGGUUUACUAUGGCCUCAGUUUAAAUGCCGUUCUCUUGGAUGGCGAUAAAUACAACAAUUUCGUGUUUAUAGCCAUGGUCGAAAUACCUGGUUUUCUAUUGCCACUGGUUAUAAUGGAUCGAUUUGGUAGAAGGCGUUCUUUGUUUGGUUGUAUGUUCAUUAGCGGCUUAUGCUGUUUGUCAACAAUAUUUAUGCCCAAAGAAGCGGCAAUGGGUCAACUGAUUUUAUUCCUCAUUGGAAAAUUAACUAUCACCGCCAGUUUCCAAGUAUUAUACUUUUUCACAUCGGAAAUAUUUCCCACGAAUUUGCGCAACAGCCUGUUGUCGUUUUGUUCAAUGAUGGGUCGAUUUGGUUCAAUGGUGGCCCCACAAACGCCUCUUUUGGCAAAGUAUUACGAAAAUGCUCCUGCGAUACUUUUUGCAACAACAGCUAUAUUAAGCGCAUGCUUAUCUUUGCUGUUCCCUGAAACGACGAAUUUAAUUUUACCAGCUACUAUGGAGGAUGCGGAUAAAAUAGGAAACUCAAAAGAAAAAGAAGCUCAGGCUAAUGAAGAGCAAAAUACCCAUUUAUAA